AUGGCCUUGUCCUCCUCUUCAUCACUAUGCAUUCCAACUAACCCAAUCACUCAAACACCCAAAUUCAGAUUCUCAACUAACCUUGUGUUUACUGUCAAUUUGCCAAGGAAAUUAUCGAUUAGAAGCUCUGGUGAAAACUCUGCAGGAGCUACAGAGGUAGAGUCAGAGAGUUCCAUUGAACUUCCAAAAGAAUCAUCAUCUUUAAUUUCUACUCUCAAUGUAGAAAGAGCUCUCCGUGGUAUACCCAUAACAGACGCAGAUCAUUAUGGUAGACUCGGCCUACCAAGAGGAUGUCCCUAUGACAUGGUGCCAGUUGCGUAUAACAACAAGGUUCGAGAAUUGGAGAGUCAAGAUUUAGAGAAAGACAUACUCAACAAGAAAUUGGAACUUCUCAGAGAAUCAUACACCAUCAUGUCAUCACCAGAUGAAAGAAGAAUGUAUGACUGGAGUUUGGCCAGAGAAGAUAACACUGAAACAUUCAUUUGGCCAUAUGAAGUUGAUGUUCCAGAGAUUCAAAAAGGAGUUCCUCCACCACAGGAACCUGAGGAUGUUGGACCAACUAGACUGGUUGGAUACUUCCUAGUGGGAUGGAUAGUGCUAGCAUUUGUGUUAUCAAUUGGACUAAACUUAUAG